GCCGUGAAGCGGUUUUUGAAGCAGGAGUGCAAGUGUCAUGGUGUGAGUGGAUCGUGCACUCUAAGGACCUGCUGGCUGGCCAUGGCAGACUUCAGGAGAACAGGAGAUUAUCUGUGGAAGAAAUACAACGGAGCGAUUCAGGUGGUCAUGAACCAAGAUGGCACGGGUUUCACUGUGGCCAAUAAGAGAUUUAAGAAGCCAACUAAGAAUGACUUAGUAUACUUUGAAAGCUCUCCAGACUACUGUAUCAGGGACAGGGAUGUAGGGUCCCUGGGGACAGCGGGUCGGGUCUGUAACCAAACCUCCCGCGGCAUGGACAGCUGCGAAGUGAUGUGCUGCGGCAGAGGCUAUGACACCUCCCGCGUCAGCAGGAUGACGAAAUGUGAGUGCAAAUUCCACUGGUGUUGUGCUGUGCGCUGCCAGGACUGCCUGGAAGUGGUCGAUAUUCACACCUGCAAAGCGCCAAAGAGCGCUGGCUGGGCCUCCCGGACGUGA